AUGCCAUUUCCUCAGAAACUCUGUCAAGAGGAAAACGAUAAACAAUUUGCUCGCUUUGCGGAUUAUCUCAAAACAUUAGAGAUAAAGAUACCUUUUGCAGAGGCUCUUGAGCAGAUACCUUCUUAUGCUAACUUACCAGAGAAGCUUAAAGACCCUGGAAGUUUUAUGAUAACAUGCACUCUAGGUGAUGCUUGCACUAGGACAGCUUUAUGUGACCUUGGGGAAAGCAUCAACCUAAUACCUGCUUCUUUAAUAAAGAAGCUCUGUUUGACUGAGGAAGUCAAACCAACCUGCAUAUGCCUUCAACUUGCUGAUGGUUCUAUUAAGAUACCAUCAGGAGUAAUUGAAGACAUGAUUGUCAAGGUUGGACCCUUUGCUUUCCCCACUGACUUUGUGGUGUUGGACAUGGAAUGGCACAAGAGUGCAUCCCUUAUUCUAGGAAGACCCUUCCUAGUUACAGGACGGACCCUUAUUGAUGUUGAAAAAGGGGAAGUAACCCUGUGA